AAUGUGUCAGGGUUCUACGCAGAAAUAGAUGGAGCGAAAAAGGAAUUGCAAGAAAAACUAGCCAAUCUGUCUCUGUUUGAUGAUGAUUUGGUAGAAAAGGCUAUGCAUCAUGCACACAACCUAAGAAGACUUGCUGAUGAGCUGGACCGGAAUUUGUAUGGUGUUGAUACAAAUGGGUUGGUACAAAGGGCAAUAAAUGCUUCAAAUGUGUAUGAAAACAUUGCCAGUUAUAUUGAAGAAGCUAAUAAAGCUGCAUUGCUGGCACUGAACACAACAAACCGGGUCAAUGAUGCUGCAGUUGGAAUUGAUACUCAGAUCAUUUAUCAUAAAGGUAAAAGCGAAGAACUUCUCAACCAAGCCACAGAGCUACAACGGACAGCAGAUGACAGUAACGAUUUAACCAUUGCAGACACUAGCCAGCAUGUUAAUGGCACUCUUGCCAGAAUGAACGCUCUGCGAAGCCAACUGAUGAGAGCCAUCACAAAAAUGCAAUCAGCAGAGCCAGUGGAGGCCAGAGAGCGUUUGGAGCAAGCUAAACUGAAGACUGCAGAGGCCGUAAGUGCUACCAUGACAGUAAUGCAGGCUACGACACCCAUGGAUGAGAACGUGAGGUUGUGGUCUCAGAACCUGCAAGACUUCCAGCACAAUUCAGCGGCGUACGACAGUGCUGUGCAUUCAGCUGGGGAUGCAGUGAAGAAACUUACAGAAGUCUUCCCUCAACUCCUGGACAAACUGCGCAGAGUAGAACAGAAGGCACCAGCAAACAAUAUUUCUUCCAGCAUUCAGCGAAUCAGAAAAUUAAUUGCUCAAACCAGGAGUGUAGCAAGCAAGGUCCAAGUUUCUAUGAUGUUUGGAGGCCAAUCAGCUGUUGAAGUCAAUCCAAAGAUCAACGUGGAGGAACUGAAAUCUUUCACUUCCAUGAGCUUGUAUAUAAAGCUUCAGAAAGACAACCCACAACUGGCAGCAUCGCCAGACAGAUUUAUUUUGUACCUUGGAAACAAAAAUGCAAAAAAUUACAUUGGCCUUGCAAUUAAAAAUGACAACCUUGUGUACAUUUAUAAUUUGGGAGGCCAAGACGUGGAGAUACCUCUGGAUGCCAAGCCAGUCAGCACCUGGCCUUCUUACUUCAGCAUCAUCAAAAUUGAGAGGAUAGGAAGACACGGCAAAAUGUUUUUAACUGUGCCUAGUCUUAGCAGCACAGCUGAAGAGAAGUUCAUCAAAAAGGGAGAGGUUCUUGGUCCUGGCUCUCUUCUGAAUUUGGAACCUGAAAAUACUGUUUUCUAUGUUGGCGGAGUGCCUCCAGACUUCAAGCUCCCUCCUAGCUUAAACCUACCCAGCUUCAUCGGCUGCCUGGAACUGGCUACCCUGAACGAUGAUGUCAUCAGCCUAUACAACUUCAAGCACGUCUAUAACAUCGACACCACCACAUCGCCACCUUGUGCCAGAAAUAAGUUGGCUUUCACUCAGAGCCGGGCUGUGAGCUAUUUCUUUGACGGCUCUGGCUAUGCCUUGGCAAGAAAUAUUGAGAGAAGGGGAAGAUUCAGCCAAGUGACUCGGUUUGACAUAGAAGUUCGAACACCUACGGACAACGGAUUGAUCCUGCUGAUGAUUAAUGGGAGUAUGUUCUUCAGUCUAGAGAUGCACAAUGGUUUCUUGUACCUCCGCUAUGACUUUGGCUUCAGCACCGGCCCUGUGCUGCUAGAGGACUCCAUGAAGAAGGCUCAGAUUAACGACGCUAAAUUUCAUGAGAUUUCUAUUAUAUAUCACAAUUCUAAGAAGAUGAUCUUGGUAGUAGACAGGCGACAUAUAAAAAGUGUGGACAAUGAAAGAACAGCAAUGCCAUUCACAGACAUCUACAUUGGAGGAGCACCUGCUGAGAUCUUGCACUCCAGCAUUAGUUCACAUCUGGCAGGAAGUAUUGGCUUUAAAGGCUGCAUGAAGGGUUUCCAGUUCCAAAAGAAGGAUUUCAACUUGUUAGAAGAACCAGGAACCCUGGGAAUCAGCUAUGGGUGCCCAGAAGAUUCACUGAUGUCCCGCAAAGCAUAUUUCAAUGGAGAGAGCUUCAUUGCAUCAAGCCAAAAAGUGUCCCUCUUCAGUGAAUUUGAAGGAGGCUUUAAUUUCCGGACAUUGCAGCCCAAUGGGCUGCUGUUUUACUAUUCUGAAGGAUCAGAUGUAUUAUCUAUCUCCAUGGACAGAGGUGCUGUGGUUUUAAAUGCAAGUGGAACCAAAAUUCAAUCACCAGACCGAAAUUACAACGAUGGAAAAACCCACUUCAUCAUUACUUCUGUCACCCCAGAAAGAUAUGAGCUGACUGUUGAUGACAAGAAACAAAGCAAGAAGAACCCAGCAAAGGACAGAGCAGGGAAAAGCCCAGACAGCGUCAAGAAGUUUUAUUUUGGCGGCUCUCCCCUCAGAACGCAGCAAGCCAACUUCACUGGCUGCAUAAGCAACGCUUACUUCACUAGGUUGGAUCGAGACAUUGAAGUGGAAGAUUUCCAGCAGUAUGCUGAGAAAGUUCAGACUUCUUUGUAUGGAUGCCCUGUUGAAUCUCCUCCAGUUGCUCUUCUCCAUAAGAAAGGAAAAAACUCAUCAAAAGCCAAAGGAAACCGUAAUAAAAAGGUGGGAAGAGAUAAAGACAAGAUUUCACAGCCUUCAACGGGCCUCAAAAAAUUGUAUCAAGAAGUGAAUAUGCAAAGAGACCCUCAGUGCCACUUGCCCAUGAAUCCCAAGGCAACCAAACAUGCAUAUCAGUUUGGAGGAACAGCAAAUAGCCGGCAAGAAUUUGAUCACUUACCAAAGGAUUUCAGUGAAAGAGCUCAGUUCUCUAUCAGUCUGAAAACUCACUCAUCUCAUGGAAUGAUUUUCUACGUCUCGGAUCAAAAAGAGACCAACUUUAUGGCCCUUUUCGUUGCUCAUGGCCGACUCAUUUUUAUGUUUAAUGCUGGUCCUCAGAAGAUAAGGAUUAAGAGCCAAGAGAAAUACAAUGAUGGCCUUUGGCACAAUGUGAUCUUUAUUAGAGGCAAAAAUAUUGGUCGCUUGAUAAUUGAUGGUCUCCGAGUACUGGAAGAACCUUUCGGCGGUAAUGCUAAUACCUGGCAAGUCACUGAACCACUCUAUAUUGGGGGUGUAGCUCCAGGAAAAGCUGUAAAAAAUAUCCAGAUUAACUCUGUCUACAGUUUUAGUGGUUGUCUCAGCAAUUUACAGCUCAAUGGAAGACCAAUUACUUCAGCUUCGCAGACAUUUAGUGUAACGCCUUGCUUUGAAGGCCCAUCAGAAGCAGGAACAUACUUCUCAUCUGAAGGAGGAUAUGUCGUCCUUGAUGAAUCCUUCAGUUUAGGCCUGAAAUUUGAAGUUGUUUUUGAAAUACGUCCCCGAGGCAGCUCAGGAAUUCUACUGCACGGUCACAGCGUGAAUGGAGAGUACUUGAAUAUGCACAUGAGAAAUGGACAGGUUACUGUGAAACUGAAUAAUGGAAUCAGGGAUUUUUCAACUUCAGUGACACUGAAACAGAGUCUCUGCGAUGGCAGGUGGCACCGAAUUGCAGUUAUUAGAGACGCUAAUGUGGUGCAACUGGAUGUAGACUCUGAAGUCAACCACGUGGUAGGGCCACUAAAUCCAAAGGCAAUUGACCACAGGGAGCCAGUGUUUAUUGGAGGUGUACCGGAGUCUCUGCUAACAUCCAGCCUGACUACACGCAACUCCUUCAUUGGCUGCAUUCGUAACUUCAUGAUUGAUGAAAAACCAGUGAGUUUUAGUAAAGCAGCUUUGGUUAGUGGUGCUGUAAGCAUCAACACAUGUCCAGCAGCCUGAUAGUGCACUGCAUCAAUCUUGUAAAGUUCCUUAGACCACAGAAAGAAAAACAGAACAAAAGAAACCGUGUUCAUCGAGAGAAGAAUGAAAAUAUCAAGGAUCCAUGUACAGAAAGCAGUAUGUUUAAGGGUCACUUCUAAUGUUUAUGUGCCAACAAAAAUCACUGAAGAAUAAAGGGCUGUUGCUUCUGCACUUCUCUUACUAUACCACAAGAGUGAGCUUUACCAUUUCUUAUAGUGUACGUGUGGCCAGCCUGUUAUGUGAAAAUGUGAGAUUAUAAAAGAAAUGAAAAUUAUAUUAAAUAUGUUACUUUCAAGAUAGAUCCUCCACAUCAUUUCGUUCCAUACCUUAGGUUACCCUCUGUUUCGCAGGAAAAGAUCUGCUAAUGCACAUUAAAGAAUAAAGCUAGAUAAUAGACUUACAUGGCAAA